AUGCCGCCAAAGAGAGUCGGUGGACGUUCCAAUAAGGGCUUUAUCGGCUCUACUUAUGAAGCUUUCACAUCUCCCGAAAAUGCUUCCGUCGUACGCAGCGUAGCAAUCUUCGGUGCCGCUGUCGCUUUCCUAGCAAGUCCCUGGAGCGAAUACCUUCUACCACCGUGA